UGCGCCUUCCUCAACUCGGGCCUCGCCAUUGACCUUCUAAGCACACUGGCUGUCUCGUGCUUCUCCCGCUCGCCAUAGCCGACUCUCCUCCAGCACUGCCCCUUCGGAUUCGCCCCCCGGUCUUCUUGUACGGCUGCUGUACGGUAGCGCUACAUAAGCGUCUGUUUCUGGCUCGGUAACCCGUUCCUGCGCUCUCAUCAUCUUCUAUCACAAUGCCGCGACCGACACCCCCCACUAUCAGGAUAGACACUUCGGUGUCAAAUAUAUCCCCGCAAUCAUCUCCUACUCUCGUCAAAUCCGAGCAGACACAUCUCAACCCAGAGUCACCCUCCACAAAGCGGCGGCAGUCUUCCGCCUCAAACACGCCUUCCGACUUCACAAACACCUCCUCCCAGCCCACCCUCUCUCCUACGCAAGUUCUGAAGCAGGCCUACGAAGAGGAGCAGCCGGGUUUACUAGACGGUACUCACUUCAAAGUUUCGCCUAAGCAAUUGGGUCUGCUCAACCACCACGAGCAGCAGGCGCUCAAUAUCCUCUACGAGCUCGGCGGCCUCGAGGGCUUACAAGAGAAGCUACAAUGCGACAUCGAGACCGGUCUCCCAGCAGACUCUGAUUUUUCUCAGCGUGAGCGUGUGUUUGAGAAAAAUGUGCUUCCCGACAAGAAGACAAAGCCGUUCUGGAAACUCGUCCUCAUUGCUUUGUCCGACAAGAUGCUGAUCCUGCUUUCGGUCGCUGCCGUUAUCUCUUUCGCCCUCGGACUCUACCAGACCCUUGGUACUCCUCCCGAAUACGACAGUCUAGGCAAUAAGGAGCCUAAGGUGGACUGGAUCGAGGGAGUAGCUAUCUUGGUUGCCGUGGUGGUCGUCGUCAGUGUUGGCGCCCUGAACGAUUGGCAGAAAGAGCAACAGUUUGCAAAGCUGAACAAGCGAAAAGAUGACCGUGAAGUCAAAGUUAUCAGAUCUGGAAAGACCUGCUCGAUCUCGAUCCACGAUGUUCUCGCUGGAGACGUCAUGCUAAUCGAGCCAGGUGACAUGGUUCCCGUCGAUGGUGUCUACAUCCAAGGUCAUGGUCUCCGAUGCGACGAAUCCGCCGCCACCGGUGAGACCGACGCGCUCAAGAAAAUCCCAUGUGCCGAAGCUAUGGCGGUUGUCGAGAAAGCUGGAGGUUCGUCUCCUACUGAGAAAGUCGACCCCUUCAUUCUCUCUGGAUCCAAGGUCCUCGAAGGAUUCGGUACCUUCCUUGUCGUUGCCGUGGGUCCCCAUUCGGCGAACGGAAAGACAAUGAUGGACUUGCGAUCAGACGACACCGAGGAAGCCACGCCUCUGCAAGGAAAGCUCAACGUCAUCGCUGAGACAAUCGCAAAGUGGGGUGGUGGUGCCUCCGUUCUCCUGUUUUUCGUCCUGCUCUUUCGAUUUCUCGGUGAGCUGCCCACCAACCACAAGACGUCCACUCAGAAAGGUGAACAGUUCUUAAACUAUCUGAUUACUUCAGUCACUCUUAUCGCUGUCGCCGUGCCCGAAGGUCUUCCGCUCGCAGUCACGCUUGCUCUCGCGUUUGCCACUAAGCGAAUGCUGAAGGACAACAAUCUUGUUCGUGUGCUCAAAUCUUGUGAGACCAUGGGCAACGCUACGACUAUUUGCUCUGAUAAGACUGGUACUUUGACCCAGAACAAGAUGACUGUCGUCGAGGGAACUAUCGGGUUGGACACCAAUUUCUCUGCGAAAGCAGAGGCCGAGACUGUCGAGUCAGAAAAGGAAUUACCUGUCUCGACAGUCACCGUACCUAUCAAUGAUGUCCAGAAUAGGAUCAACCCGGUGGUAAAGAAGAUUCUUUUGCAAAGCAUUUACUACAACACUACAGCUUUCGAAGACGAGACUUCGGCCGAAGUUUUCGUUGGAUCAAAGACAGAGUCUGCGCUUCUCAAUUUUGCCCGCAACCACCUUGCUAUGGGUCCACUCGCCUCUGAGCGCUCAGACAUGAAGAUGGCCCAGCUGUUUCCUUUCGACUCCGGCAAGAAGUGCAUGGGUGUUGCUGUUGAGCUUCCCGAUCCUGCGAAUCCUGGUCAGACGUUCGUUCGCGCCUUUGUUAAGGGUGCGUCUGAGAUUGUGCUCGCACAGGCGACCUCGGCCGUCUUUGCGCAUGCCGAAAAGCGGCCGGAAGCAAUUGUCAUGACCGAUUCUGACGGUGUUUUGUACACCGAGAUGGAUGCCGACAACAAGCAAUAUGUCGAGAAUCUCAUCAACUCCUACGCCGAAAAGUCUCUGAGAACUAUCGGACUUGUGUACCGUGAUUUCCCGAGCUGGCCUCCCGCAGGAUUUGAGCUCAGCGAGGAUGAUCCCAAACAGAUUAAAGAUUUCGGAGAUCUGACCUGUGAUAUGCGAUGGGUUGGUCUUGUUGGAAUCAUGGAUCCCUUGCGCGACGGUGUUGUCGAGGCUGUCAGAGACUGUCAGCGCGCUGGUGUCGUUGUGCGCAUGGUUACCGGUGACAACAUUGUGACUGCGAAGGCCAUUGCCACAGACUGCGGAAUCUACACCGGUGGUGUCGCCCUGCAGGGUCCUGAGUUCCGCAACAUGGAUCCCAAGGAACGCGAUCUUAUGAUUCCGAAGCUGCAGGUUCUUGCUCGCUCGAGUCCUCAGGAUAAGCGGCUGUUGGUCCAGCGUCUGAAGAAGAUGGGACAAACCGUUGCUGUGACUGGUGAUGGAACCAACGAUGCUCCUGCCUUGACGAUGGCCGAUGUUGGUUUCUCUAUGGGUAUUGCUGGUACGGAGGUUGCUAAGGAAGCCUCUGAUAUUAUUCUUAUGGACGACAACUUUACUAGUAUUGUGAAGGCUCUUCUUUGGGGACGUGCUGUUAAUGAUGCUGUGAAGAAAUUUCUUCAGUUCCAAGUCACGGUCAACAUCACUGCUGUGCUUCUCACCUUUGUCUCUGCUGUUGAGUCUUCUGAGGGAACAUCAGUCAUGACUGCUGUCCAAUUGUUGUGGGUCAACCUGAUUAUGGACACGUUUGCCGCGCUGGCACUUGCGACCGAUCCUCCUACGCGUUCUAUGCUCGAUCGUCCUCCUUCGCCCAAGAACGAAGGAAUGAUCACAGUGACCAUGUGGAAGAUGAUGAUCGGACAGGCCAUUUUCCAGACCGCGGCCACCUUUAUCCUUCAUUUCGCCGGAAAUAAGAUCUGGGGAAUCCAGGACGGAGACUCUGUGGCGACUGAGCGUAUGUCUUCGGUCGUGUUCAACACUUUUGUGUGGAUGCAGUUCUUCAAUAUGUUUGUCAACCGCCGGCUUGACAACAAGCUCAACUUUUUGGAAGGAAUUUCGCACAACUACUUCUUCAUGGCUAUUGCAGCGAUCAUGUGUGGCGGACAGGUCAUUAUCAUGUUUGUUGGUGGAAACGCGUUCUCGAUAAAGCGUAUCACUGGCGUUGAUUGGGCUGUCUCUCUUGUCAUUGGUUUUCUCUCGAUUCCCGUCGGUCUUUUCUUGCGUAUAUGCGUUCCCGAUAGUUUUGCGUACGCGGUCUACAAGCCAUUUGGUGUUGUUUUCCGUUUCAUCUGGGGCUGGAUCGUCAAGUGCGUUCUGUUCCUCUGGCCUUUCAAGCGGAAAGGAAAGAAGGACGAGGAGAGCGACGACUACGAGCUCCGAUCGCCUGGCGGAUCAAGCCUUCAUGACAACUACGAGUGGAAUCCCGCCAUCGAGAAAGUUCGCGAAGACCUCAUCUUCAUCAAGACGAUUCGCGGAGGUCGUGCGAACGAGCUCAAAUUCAAGCCAAAGAAGAUGUACAAGCAGUGGAAGGCCGCGCGCACGUCGGUGUCCGGCAAUGCUACUCCCGAACAUCCGGGGUCUCCUGGUGUACCCGAUAUGAGAAGACGGUCCGGCAGUUCGCUGGUUGCUCUGGCGAUGGUGCCGUCUAUUGUCGGUGGUGCCGUAGCUGGCUGGAGUCCGGUCGAGAAACCUGCUGACGCGCAGCAAGGCUUCGGCACGGGUCCGGACGGACUUUUGUCGCCCACGAGCGCUGCUGCGCACGGUCGCAAGAUCUCGUUUUCUGAUAGCUCUUCUACUUCAGGAAACUCAGCGGUGUGAACGGAGAUGUCGAAAAAGAUAAAUUCUCUGAUGCACGUUCUUUUUUGCAUAUCUUCAUUACUUGAACUCGUUUUUUUGAUCUACAUCCGUUUUCUCUUGUUCUGGUUUCUUAUAUAUAGUAAACAAAGGCGUUAUUGUUUUGUUUCUGUUUUGUAUAAUAAAGGAUACAAUCACUAUACUCGAGACGGAGUGGAUUCGUAGAGCUCGAAUGACGUAGGGAAGUUAGAGUUUUGAGCCGG